AUGGUAUUCCAAAGACGUGGACGCUCCAGCGAACGCCAUGGAGCCAGGAGCAGGGAGGCCUCAACUUCCUACUGGGCUGGAGACUUGCUAUCUACAUCUUCGGGCUCCCAGACCAGCCUAGGAGCUCCAACAUCUCCAGGAAGAAGGUCCCCUGCCCCUCAUCAUGAACGAUCAAUGUCAGAUCAACCAGAGGUAUCCCUGGGACAUGUUCCAGACCUAUCCAAAACAUCCAAGGAUAGAGGAUACCAGCUCCAGGCCGCACACUCAAGGAAAAGAAGCCCUGAGGAUCUCAUCAUAUCUUCCAGGAAGCGAGCCUGUCCGAGCCCGGAUAGACGGCAGGUGGCCUCUGUCGUCUAUCUUCCUGUUGCCAGCCGGGAGCGAAAAGUCCCACCACGCCCGUCUUACCGACAAUCGCGCCGGCAAUCACCCAGGCGAUCACCCCGGCGUCAGGUGUCUGUGUACUACAACACUGCACGACACAGGCAGCACUCCUCCUCUGUAAGACGAGCCGCUCCCAGAAAGGAACAGCGCUCUUCACCCCGGAGACAUGUCUCUCCAAGACUGGAACGACGACCUUCGCCGCAUAGACAUAUCCCAAGACGGGAAGUUCCCAGGCAGGAGCGACAUGUCUCCCCCAGACGGGAUCGACGCCCUAUGUCAAGGAGGCAAGCCCCAGAGCCAAGGCACCAGGCUUCUCCCUCACGACAGGUCAGGUCGAUAAACCAAGGGCUGAGCGUCUCUGUCAUUAACAAGGCCGCCCCGAAAAUAGCAGCUCGAUUCCAGAGUAGUCAUCCCCACGGAAUGGGAUCGAGCUGUCCAAUACGGACGUGCGGUAAAAGAACCAGGACGCUGCGCCACCAUGCCUACGGAGCUCACCUCCCCCCUGUUUCCGUGACUCCAUACCAGCAUCACAAGAAACGGCAGUUGACAUGA